AGUCCAUCCUUAUGAUCUUCACUGAUAAUUCCUCACCAUCUAACCACCUAUUUUCCUGCAGCCUGUUGAGUUUAAGGUUGUGCCUGUGGAGGUGGCUCUGCUGCAGAUCAUGAGCCAGCCACCCAUCUGCAAAACCGUCAUCCAGCUCAUCGAAUGGUUUGAUGAGCCUGACCGCUACAUCUUGAUCCUGGAGCGCCCUGACCCUUGCAAGAGCUUGGACAGUUUCCUUCAGGACUAUGGAGGUCACGUCACUGAAGACAUGGCGCGAGAUAUAGUCUGGCAGUCUGUGGUGGCGGCGUUCCAGUGCAGCAAGCGAGGUGUCCUGCACCGGGACAUCAAACCGGAGAACUUGUUGAUCAACCAGGACACCUUGGAGGUCAAGCUGAUCGACUUUGGCUGCGGCGAUUUGAUCAAGAAAUAUGGUUACAACAUUUUUGAAGGUAAAACAAGCAACUUAGCUGUUCAGUGUUAGUGAAUGUCUGUGCUCAGCUCUGCUCAUUUCUCUCCCUUUCAUUUUCACAGGCACAAACGAAUACUGCCCUCCUGAGUUUCUUCUGGAAGAGAGGUAUCAUGCUGGUCCAGCAACAGUUUGGUCCCUUGGUGUCCUAAUGUUCAGGUUGGUUUGCGGGUUCCUUCCCUUUGCCAAGGAUGAUGACAUCAUUGAUGGGGCUCUGCACUUCAGAGAUGGACUAUCUGAUGGUGAGAUAAAUGAGAGCAUCCUGGUAAACGAGUGUGGAAAUGACAAUGAUUCAUAACUUUAACCUUGUAACUGAGGACAGAGGAACAAAGACUGAAAACAAAAUCUGUAUUUGGAAGUGAAUGUGCAGAGUAACAGCUGGAGAAUUUGCAGUUCAGGCCAGAUGUCCCUAAAUGUAUAUGUUUAUAAUAAUGUAUAAUACUUUAUAUAUUAUAUAGUGUAAAUAAGUUAAUAAUAGUUUGAAUGUUAUAGCUGCAUCCCAUCCAUCACAUGGUGGUGCUUUUGAAAUGUAGAAAAGAAGAAGAAAAAAGCAAAAAGAUUUAGAGGUUAAGCAUCUUUCUCCCACCCAAUCCCGUCACUCUGUGCAGAAUGCCGUAA